AUGGCAACCAGAGUGACAGUAUCAUCUUCGGUCGGCCGGGUCCCUGGACGAUAUCGUGAAGAGUGGAUGGUGUGCCAAUAUACCCACAUGACCAACUCCAUGGGAUGUUCAUGGACUGGAUGUGAUCUUUUUGCCUACACUAUGCCAGUAUUAAUGGCCCAGCUCGUUCUUAUUGUCCUCGUCACAAGAGCCACUUAUUUCUUCCUGAAACCUCUAAAACAAAGUAUGAUCAGUGCACAACUCAUUGCCGGGAUCAUAAUAGGGUCAUCUUUUCUAGCACGUAACAGAAUGUAUGCUGAAAAGUUAUUUCCUCCAGGAGGAAGAUUGAUAAUAGAAACAGUUGCAAAUAUUGGCUUCAUGUUACAUCUCUUUAUACUAGGAGUACAGAUUGAUGCAACCAUUGUGAAGAAGGCAGGAAGAAAUGCUGUGCUAAUAGGUACCAUAGGUUUUGUCAUACCAUACGCACUUGGUGGGUUGGCCGUUUUAACCGUGCCUCAUCUCGUGAUCAUAGAUGAUACAUUACAGAAAUCGCUUCCUUUCAUUGUAACGUUGAAUUCAAUGUCUACCUUUCCUGUUAUCACCAGCCUCCUUGCUGAUCUCAAAAUUCUCAAUUCAGACCUUGGCCGUUUAGCCAGUAACACAUCCAUUGUCAGUGACUUCUGCAGCUAUUUCAUGACCACGAUCAUGGGUACCAUUGGUGUAUCCAUACGUUACUCGGAAUGGGACCAGCUAUGGGCUGUUGUAUGGAUUGUUGCCUUUCUGAUCCUUAUUGUGUUUGCCUUUCGGCCAUUGAUAUUACAGAUAGUCAAGCAGAUACCUGGAGGGCAGCCGAUGAAGGAGAUCCACUUCUUGGCCAUCGUUGUAAUAAUCAUGGUGUGCGGGUUCUGCGCCGAGAAUCUUGGUCAGCCAGCUCCUCUGGGCGCUUUCAUUCUGGGUAUGGCAGUACCAGAUGGGCCUCCAUUAGGGACAUCGUUAGUAGAUAAGCUUGAUGCAUUGAAUACUGGAUUGCUGCUUCCAGCCAAGUUUGCAAUCAGUGGUUUGAGCCUGAACCUAUUUUCUAUAGAAAGAGGAAGUUCUGCAAUGAUCACUCUGGUCGUCAUCAUAUUGGGCUACAUAGGAAAGUUCGCAGGCACAUUUAUUCCAGCACUUUACUAUAAUUUGCCUUUCUGGGAUGCUAUAAUAAGCCACGAAUCAUAUGCCCUUCUGUUGAUCACAAUGCUGAUUGUAACAGGGGUCGCUAGGCCUCUUAUAUGCCACCUCUAUGACCCAUCAAAAAGAUACUCGGCCUACCAGAGAAACAGUAUUCUGCACUCCCAUCCCAGUAGUGACCUCCGGAUGUUGGUAUGCAUCCACAAUGAAGACAAUGUCCCCACCAUUUUAAACCUCCUCGAAGCCUCAAAUCCUGCAAGAAACAGGCCUAUUUCAGUCUUUGUCCUAAAUCUCAUGGAGCUUGCCGGCAGGGCAGCAGCCACACUUGUUCCAAAUAUCCGUAGAGGGAAACUCACUUCUGUGCCAAGCCGCUCAGGACGUAUAGUUAACGCUUUCGAUUUUUUCAUGCAGCACAAUCAAGGGUUUGUUAAGGUCCAGCACUACAUUGCAAUUGCACCAUACAAAAGCAUGCAUGAUGAUAUAUGCACAGUUGCACUAGACAGAGGGGCAAACAUUGUGAUUGUCCCUUUUCAUAAGCAGUGGACUAUUGAUGGAACAGUGGGAGUUAACUUUCCUUCCAUCAGGACUGUAAACCAAAAUGUCAUUCAGAAAGCACCAUGCUCUGUUGGAAUCCUUAUUGACCGUGGCCAGAUGGGUGUUAGUCAUUCUGUUUUGAAUGGCCCGUCUUUGUUUCGUAUUGCGGUGCUCUUCAUUGGUGGUGAAGAUGACAGAGAGGCACUUGCGUAUAGCAGCCGCAUGGCCAACCAUCCACAUAUCCACCUCACAAUGAUUUGGCUUAGACCAUUGGAUCACAAGAAGUAUGACGAUGAAACAAGGAAGAAUCUUGAUAGCGAAUUGAUAAAUCAGUUUAGGGCUAAUGCAAUAGGAAAGGAAAGGAUCACUUACAAAGAAGAGGCUGUGAAAGAUGCAGUGGGAACGACUCGGUUACUUCGUUCUUUGGAGAAUUCUUGUGAUUUAUUAAUGGUUGGUAGAUAUCAUGAACCUGAAUCUCCACUCAUGUUAGGCCUUAUAGAUUGGAAUGAAUGUCCUGAGCUUGGGGUCAUUGGAGACAUGCUAGCUACUUCAGAUUUUCUGUUUUCAGUUUUGGUGGUGCAACAACAGCCACCAGUAAAUGGUUUUCUGAGAAACAAUACUUCCAAGGUGGAUCAAAAUCCCUCUGGGCGGAAGGCAUAUUUCUAA